CCGCCUCAGCUUUCCCCUCCAUCAUCGGCGAGCAGCAGCUACGAUCAUACGAGUGCUUCCUAGCUUCAAGGCAUCGCAACAAGCAAGGCAUCAAUCGCCACCAGCGACAUCUUUCUUCUUCUUUCCCUGCGCGCGCGACACCACCAGGCACCAGCGCCAUGGGCAAGGUCCGCUCCUUCUUCUCCCGCAGCGGCAAGCGCGCCGGCGGCGGUGGCAGCUUCCGCGCGGGCACGUCCUCCUCGCCCCGCUCCUCCUCCGCGGCCGCCAGCGCGCCGCCCUCCUCCUCCCCGUCCCCGAGGAACGCGGCGGGGGCCCCGCGGGAGCAGGACGAGAUGGAGCGCGUCUUCCGCAAGUUCGACGCGGACGGCGACGGCCAGAUCUCGCGCUCCGAGCUGGCGGCGCUCUUCGAGAGCGUGGGCCACGCGGCCACCGACGACGAGGUGUCCCGCAUGAUGGAGGAGGCGGACGCGGACGGCGACGGCUGCAUCAGCCUGCCCGAGUUCGCCGCGCUCGUGCGCUCCGCCGACGCCGACGCCGCCGCCGUCGAGGAGGACCUGCGCCACGCCUUCAUGGUCUUCGACGCCGACGGCAACGGCCUCAUCACCCCCGCCGAGCUCGCGCGCGUCCUCAGGGGGAUCGGGGAGGCCGCCACCGUCGCGCAGUGCCGGCGCAUGAUCCAGGGCGUCGACAAGAACGGCGACGGGCUCGUGUCCUUCGACGAGUUCAAGCUCAUGAUGGCCGCCGGAGGAAGCUUCGGCAGGAUCGCCUAUUCUUAGGGCAAGGCAGUGGCGACGGAACCUGCCCUGCUUCGGCUCUGCAAUGCUCUGCUCUCACAAAUUCGAUUCGUUUUAUUGUACAUACCCCAUAACAGCGACAAGAGAUUAUCACCAAAGUAGUAAUUAGUAGGUCCAUAUUACACGGAUAAAAAGCACGAUUGGUUUUGUGUAUAUAUGCAUAUAUUGCAAAUGUGCAUCAUCCAUUGUAUGGAGGCUUAAUGGAUUGUCCAAUUUCAGUUCAAACUUGCGGCUUUCAAUUUUUCA